AAGACAGGAUCCUUUCGAAAAUUCAGUUCUAGCAAAGGUUUGGGCAAAGAACUCAAUCGACGAGCUAUGCAAAUGGCGCAAGCUGAAGGCUGUGAUUACAUAGGGGCUGCUGCAACCGCAGCCGCUUCGCAAGCUAUUUUGACCAAGUCCGGCUGGGAGACCCUCUACGAAUUCCCCUACUCAGCUUACCGCGAGAAUGGCAAUCCCGUGUUCCAGAAUCUUCAUGACGGCUGCCAAAGUGCCAAAGUUUUGGCGUUGAAACUUCGCUGA